ACCUCUGCUAACUGGAUGGUAAGCAGGGUCGAUUUCUGAGGUCUUCCUUGCACAAUUAACACUGCAACAUCUUCAUUGAACUCCUCCAAACUAGAGGGUGCUCACGGCACUUCGAAAGUAUCGUUUGUCGGAAGCAGGAAGUGUAAGAUGUGUUUUAUUACCAAUGUUAUUGAGCUCAGAUAAUGUGAACUUUGGACUUAGAAGAGUUAAAGAGUACGUAACUGACAGCUUUCCAGGAGAUCAGCUAUGUCUACAGAAGCAGAUGCAGUUGGUAAGACAUUAGAAAUUUUGCAAAGAAAGAAGCCUGCUGACCUGACUCUGGAACACUGGAUUGCAAGUUGGGAGAAGCAACAAAUUGGAUUUCAUCUCAAUGAAGUCCAUGAAAUGUUGAAGAAACACCUGAAUGUUAUGCUAAAUGGGAGAAAGCAAAUCCGUAUCUUCUUCCCACUUUGUGGGAAGGCAGUGGAUAUGAAAUGGCUUGCUGAUCAGGGGCACACUAUUGUUGGGGUAGAAAUAUCUGAAAUUGCAAUAAAGCAAUUUUUUACAGAACAGAAUCUGUCCUACGUUCAAGAACCUGUACCAGGGAUACCAGAUGCAGAAAUAUUUAAG